AUGCGCGCAAUAGUGCACGAAGCGCUUACACGAGGCUUUCCGUCUGUGGAGGCGAACUCAGAGAAUCCCUCUGUCGUUGCGACCAUGCAACAAAUUGUGACAAGACGCUCCGCAUUUGAGGCACUAAUGUACAGCCAGUUUGUGAGAGACGUCUACUAUGGCAAUAACCUGUUGUGUACACGUCGACAAGGCAGGCUUCGUCUCGAAUACCAUGUUCGAGUCAUCGAAUCUGUGAGGCACGGGCUGAUCAAUUCUCAAGAUGAGUGCGGCGACGAGACGAUCACCAUGGUGCUCAGUCUGGCCCUUCAGGAGCAGGUAGGAGUCGUAGAAGACCAGACUAAGAAACAGGGCGGGCUCCGGGCGCCCAAGCAAGGACCUCUUCAAUUGUUACGCAUGCUUGACGUCUACGGAGCUCAGCGUAUAGCUGACACGACACCUCACAUCACAGCGUUGCUGAAGAUGGCCGAGAUCCGUGGCGGUGUGGCCGGACUUGGCACUGGUGGCCUAGGACAUCAGAUAUCUAAUAUCGAGCUGAUCGAAGCAUCGAGAGACCUUCGGAGGCCCUGCGUCGAAUUCGUGACGUUCCUGGACCGUUCAGAUAUCCUGUUAUCGCUUCAGUCUUACCAGCCAGUUGAUCAUCGACUUGCCUCCCUCGCCCGAGGCUUUAGUGCGUUAGACCAGUUUGAUAAUGUCGAUCUGGGUGACCGCUCGAAUCUAAGAGAGCUUCUCCAUCAACUGGCGCUGUACACUUGCGGCGUUGACAGCUUUUUGCUGGAUGGGAAGCCGCAGAACAGGGCUUUGGCAUACUUGGGUGAACAAAGAAAUCUCGUUCACCACAACUUGCUCAUGGCCCUACCAGAAACGAACCUGGCAACAUCCUCUUGGCGAAGCAAUGACAGAGCGGUUCACGCCGUUUUGCACCUCGCGGCAGUCAUCUACAGCUUCCUAUGUGUAUUCCCAAUGGACGCAGCUCCAUUUGGUCUUCUCCAGCAGCACAUCUGGCACUUAUUACAAUGUCGUGACUUGACAGUCGAAUGGGCCAACACGCCGGAACUGUAUAUCUGGACACUUUUCAUGGCAGCAAUCGCCAGCCCAGAUCCUAUCGGUCGCAACAAGGCUAUCAGAUUACUGAGACCUACUAUCCUUUCCUUACACAUCACGUCAUGGGAAGCUUUGAAGGAGAAGUUGAUGGACUUCCUAUGGAUGCCAGUAACGAACGACGAAGAUGGAAAGUCGAUUUGGAACGAGCUCCACGAGGCACCUACCGACUUGUCCUGA